GCACCAUAUCCAUGUCAAUGUCCAUUUGGAUUAUGCUUUCUUUACUAGAAAACCAGUUUGAUUUCAUCUCUUCAUCUCUUUCUCUCAAGAUCCAAGUAGAAUUGGAAGGGAGGUGGUGUUUGUAGCCAUGGCGGCAACCUUUGCUACGUCUUUUUUGGUUCCCUCUGCUCCCAAACGGAAGGUUAGCAAUCCAAGAAGGGUCUCGUCUUCCAAAUCGAGCUCUUUCCUUUCUGGUUCCAUUUCCUUUUUGCCUGGCAUCUCUUUGGAGCUUCAAAGUUUGUUGCUUUCCAGGAAGCCAUUGCGAGUAAAGGCCACAACCUUGCAAGAAGAAGAUGAAAAAGGUGGCCGUGGCAGAUUCUUUCUCCUGCAAAAGACCUCUUCUAUUGAUCAGGAAGAAGCAAUUGAUUCUGGUGUAUCAACAAGCACACCAAGCAGGGCGGAGAGUUGGAUUAUUAAGUUUGAACAGACGUUUAAUAUUGCUUUAACUGAGUCAAUGAUCACAAUACUAGAUGCAUUCUACCACGAUCGACAUUACGCAAGAUUUUAUGUGUUGGAAACAAUAGCUAGAGUACCCUACUUUUCCUUCAUAUCUGUGCUUCACUUGUAUGAGAGUUUGGGUUGGUGGAGAAGAGCUGAUUAUCUGAAAGUGCAUUUUGCUGAGAGUUGGAACGAGAUGCAUCAUCUUCUAAUCAUGGAGGAACUGGGGGGAAAUUCUUUUUGGUUGGAUCGCUUCCUUGCGCAGAGCAUUGCUGUUGGUUACUAUUUUAUGACAGUCUUCAUGUAUAUGCUGAGCCCAAGAAUGGCCUAUCAUUUUUCUGAAUGUGUUGAGAAACAUGCAUUCUCAACUUAUGACAAGUUUUUAAAACUGAAGGAAGAAGAGUUGAAAAAAUUGCCCGCUCCGGAGGCUGCUAUCAAGUACUACAUGAGUGAAGAUUUGUAUCUUUUUGAUGAAUUUCAAACGGCAAGAGCACCACGCACUCGGAGGCCGAAAAUAGAAAAUUUGUAUGAUGCGUUUGUCAACAUCCGGGACGACGAAGCAGAGCAUUGCAAAACAAUGAAGGCCUGCCAAACACCCGGAAGCCUUCGCUCCCCUCACUCGAACAUGAACAUGAACAUGAACGCAGAGGCUGAUGAGGAUGAACCGGAGUCCGGAUCUUCAACUCCGGAAGCUGAUUGUGAAGGUAUAAUAUAGACCGCAUGAAGAAAUCUGAUAUGGCCAGUGGCCCGGAUGAGGAAAAGAAGCCCAAUUGGACUGAAGAUUAUGUUAUGUGAAGGCUGUUUACUUAAUUCUGUAGAUAUUUAAUUUGCUUUUGAACUGGUCAAUGAUGUCUAACAGUAAACAUCAGUGACGUGCAACCUCCUCAAUGUUAGUGGGAAGUUGUUAGUGUACAAAGCUUUGUAUAUAGUUUCGGUAUAAUACCCUAAUUGGUUCUUCUA